AUGAACCUCUGUCUCUUUGUCCUGGCGCUGAUAGACAUUGUUUACCUUCUGUACUGCAUGAUAUUCACUGUGGCCUACUGGAUGAGGAUAUUUGACCCUGCGCUAGGAGAGGAAUUCUAUCAGAAAACAUUAUUUUAUGCGGGUGGCGUGUGUUCCGGUCUGAGAGAGACGUCCACGAGUGUCAGUGUACUGAUUGCUGUCGAGCGCUGUGUGUGUGUGGUCUUCCCACUGAGGGCCAACUCAUUCAUGACCACCAGAACCAUGGGCAUCCUGCUGGCUGCCAUUGUGGUGGGCAUGCAGCUGGCUUUCAUCAUGACACCGUUGAAGAGAUACGUGUUCCCGGUGUACGACAACACCACGGGGAUGACGAUGUGGAAGGUGGCUCGCUCGGCCACCUGGCAGGACAACGAGGCUCUGCUCCUGUACGACACGGUGGAUGACACCAUCAUGCUCAUCACAUUUCCCUUUGUCAUGUUCAUUCUCGUGUCCGGUGCCACGGCCAUCACGGUGGUCAAGCUGAGAGCUGCUAUGUCCUGGCGGCUGAAGAAAAGCUCUGUAAGAAGUGAGGCCCGAGUCUCGCAGGUGGCGCUGACCAGGAUGCUCGUGCUUGCCUCGUACAUCUUCGUUGCCAGCAAAGUCCCGGUAAUCACUGUCAGCAUGGCCAGGUUGAUUUAUUCAGAGUUCUCUACCUUUGGCAAACAAUAUAAUGCUUUCAAGCUGUUUGAUUUAAUCGUUAAUUUUCUCCCCUACGCCCACUGUGCUGUCAGUUUUUUCGUCUACUAUUCAAUGUCUUCGCGGUUUAGGUCAGAGCUGCGGGUCCUCUGUGGCUGUUCAUGUCGCAGGACAUACUUAAAGGAUCUAUGA